CAUAAAAAAUUGUUUAUGAAACAUCGAACAUGUGGAAGGGGAGAUAUUAAGAAAUGGCCAGUUUCAAAGGAGGAUGCUUCUCUUUUACAUGAGGGAGGAGAUUUUCUUUCAAAUACAGAGGAUGAUUUUCUUUCGAAGGAGGCGGGGAAUUUUCUUUCAAAGGAGUUGGAGGAUUUUCUUUGGAAGUGUGACGUGCAUGUGGAUAAAAAACUGUCACAGUUUUGCCAUGACCACAGUCAGCUGUGCUGCUCUGAUUGUGUUGUAAAAAUUCACAGCCAGUGCAGUAAAGUGACCCUGAUUUCGGAGCUGACCAACUCCCAGCCCACAGACCUACAGGGACUGUCAGUGGAGCUGGAAACUGUCAUGGGGGGAAUCAAAAGCCUACAGAUAAAUCAGGAGGCCAGUGUUCAGUCAUUGCAGAGAACAUACAAGGAACAUGGGGCAGUCAUGAUAGAACAAUUGCAUGGAAAUUUAAAUACUUAUAUAGAUAAGUGUUGUAAUAGUUCUGUGGGUACAUCGGACAAAAAUUUAAAAGAAGAAAUGUGUUGGAGUGUUCUUUCUAUCUUGAAUGAAUUUGAUAGUAUUACUGUGAAGGAACUAAAUGAGAUAAAAGAUGAAGUUAUAAGCAUAAAAGGAUCAGUUACAAGUUCUAUUCAUAAAUGCACCAGUCUUCACAGUGACUUGUUACAAUUACUUCAAAUCGUUCAGAAAAUUGGAGAUAAUAAGGAGCUCUGCCUUAUAGCCAGCAUAAAAUGUAAACAUAUCAUACAGCAGGCAUUGACUCUGCUUGGAAAGUCAGGCAAGGUGUUUAAGGUCCAGGGGAAGUCUGAGCACAAUGUGAGAAUAACAAGUGAUUCAAACACAUGCUGGAUCCAAGCUAUAUGUGCUCUCCCAGAUGGGCAGGUCCUGGUUGCAGACUACAAUAAUAAUAAAGUCAAGCUGCUGAACCAGCAGUACCAGGUGGUGAGUCACUUGGAUGUGAAUGCUUGGCCAGUUGACAUUUGUUUGAUCACACCCAGUGAGGUUGCAGUGGCUGUGACAAAUGAGAAAAAGAUCAACAUAAAUGAAGUCCAGUUUAUCACUGUCAACCAGGGAAAGCUUGUUCCUGGCAGGAAGUUUCAGUUACAACAUAAAUGUAGAGGUAUUGCCCAUCUACAUGGAGACCUUUUUGUCACCUCUGGUACUGCUCUGUACAAAUACAUACUGAAUGGCAAACAGCACUGCAGACUCUAUGAAGAUAGGUCAUCUGUUAAUACAGGCUGUACAUCAUCAGCAGCUACUGGCACAGCAAGCUUCUCACCCUGGCCAGGGAUGGCACACUCCUGGCUACAUUGA